AUGGCCAGCCGCAUGGACCCUGUUCCCAAAAAGGCAAAAAAGGCAAUCUUUCCACCGGAACUGUGCUUAGUCACAGUCGUCGCGAACUUCUCGGGUGAUAUGCCCCGUCAAUCAACAGUCAUUGAAAUUGAUGAUCUUGAAAGGAGGGACGAUAUAAGUCGCGACGGGACUUCUGCUGGGUACGGCUUUGUCAAGCAGCUGGAUGGCCCUUACAACUACCUCGGCACCACUGUUGACGAUUUGAAGUUGAUGCGGGAGCAAUCAUCACGCAUUUUUCAGACCAAGGCCGCAGGUGAUGUUCGAACGUCGAACAAUCUUUCGCACGUCAAGAGCUUGGGAGAACGCGCCAUCACCAACGAACCAACAACCGUGACGUUCGAGCCCGUGCAGGAAAAAGCCGAAGCUUACUCAACGGAUUUGAAUGUUAAAGGGUCCAUUGCCACCAGAUAUCGGCCGGAUAUCGAGGAUCAUCAGAUUAAGAGGACUGGCUCUGAUGACUCGGACGGGCAUGCCAAGGACCUCGUGGACGAAUGCUGGAUUUCGCGCAGACAAAGGCAAAUGCAUCGUCGAAGACGAAACCGUGAUGACUCGCCGCCAAAUCUCAAUGCAGCCAAGAGCACCACGAAGAAUGGCUUCGCAAGAGAGGACCAAGUUGGGUAG